GCCACGCACGACCGCACCUCAUCAGUCGUAAUCGAUCGCGUGUCUAAAUAAUAUUAAGUACACACUUACACGCACGCACACACACACACUCACACUCGAACGCGUAAUAAUAUAAUAUCAUCGCGGUACACUUACAGGUACGUACGGCGGCGCACACGCACACGCACGCAUUCGCCUGUCACACCUCGAAAUAUAAGUCUGCUGUUAUUAUUUUAUUUUUUUUUUUUCCCAUCUUUCUUUUAAUAAAACGCACACGGCUAAUAUACAGUAGUAUUAUUAUAUUGUUGUACGCUCUCGACACUCGCGCGGCACACACACUCGACGACCGCGACGACGACGACGUUUAUGCGAAUCCGUUUUGUUAUAUUUACGCGACAGUAGACGUGCGGGUACGUAUACCGUAUACUUAUUACCGAGUUACGCGACGGUAUGUGUUAUAAUAGUAAUAAACGUUUUGAUUGAAUUAUAUGUAAACCGCGUCAGUGUGUAUACGCUAGUGUAAAUAUAUUAUAGUCCCGUAUAGUGCCGGUGCGUCAGUUCGUUACAUCGAAUUCGCUCAGCGUUACGCACUGCCUGCGCAAUUCGUCGUGAAACCAUAAUAAUGUUAUUCGCGAUCCCGGUGACGAUUACAGUAUAUACUACAUAGGGCACGUCGGUGACGCGCCACAUCCAAUCGCGGGCAAAUGAUCUGGGAUCACCUGCAGCUGCAAUCACCGCUGCGUGAAUAAAUUAUAUCAUAACGAUUUAGCUGCGACCACAGGGAAUAACAGCGCAUCAUCGUUGUACUGUAUGCAAUAGGCGCACACAAUUAUAGGAAAACUGCUGCAGGCGACGAAAAUGUGGUGGAUGACCUGUCCGUGAAAAACCACAGCCGACGUAAAAUGAAUGAAUCGGUGGCCGUGUGCAGCAGACAACAGGGUCCGUCGUAUCAUCAUCACGGCCAUCACGUCGUAGUCAUGCCGGCUCAGUGUAACGGUGACGAGUGCCCGGCCGAACCACAACCGGCCACCGUGGCCGGUUCGUGGACGGCGUACGGUCAUCAGCCCGCGGCCAUCGCCGCCGGUUACCAUCAGCACCACCACCACCAUCAUCUGCAACAGCAGCAGCAGCAGCAACAGCAACAACAGCAACAGCAACAGCAGCAGCAACAACAACAACAACAACAACACCAACAGCAGCAACAGGACCAUCACCUCCAUCAUCCGCAUCAAGGAAUGUCCGCGAUACCGCCGCCGCAGUCGUUGAUGCACCACCACCAUCACCAUCAACCGGCGGACGGCGGCGGUGGUUACGCCGCGUGGCCAACGGCGGUCGUGUACAACAAACGGCGGCUCUCGUACGCGGACGACGUACAGGUGUAUCAUCACCACCACGCGCCGCCGUUGCCGCCACCGCCUCCGCCGCCGCACCAUCAGCCUGCCGGCGCCGCGGCCACCUUGCAGGCCGUCGCGGCCUACAACCCGGCGGUCGUGACGGCCUCGACGGCCACGUGCUCGUCGCCCGGCACGUCGUUGGACGAACCGUCCUCUGCGGCCGCCACUGCGGCCGUUUACCAGACGGCCAACGACUAUAAGUAUUGGCCGCCCGUGCAACAACAACCGUCGCCCACUGGCACAGGGCGCGUGAGCCCGUACGGUUGGAUGAAGAGAGUCGAGUACCAAGACCGUCCACAACCAGGUAGAACACGCACUAAAGAUAAGUACAGGGUCGUAUAUACCGACUUGCAACGUCUGGAACUCGAAAAGGAAUUCCACUUUAAUCGAUACAUCACGAUUACAAGAAAAACCGAGUUAUCCAAAAUGCUGAGCCUGUCUGAAAGACAAGUAAAAAUAUGGUUUCAAAAUAGGCGGGCCAAACAGCGGAAAAUCGAUAAAAAACGAGAAGAGACCAUUAUCAAUGAAAACUCGAAACAACUGAUCCAAACGCCCGUCGAUUCGAAUUAUUCUAUUGAGAGCUGUUCAUCACUGUAAAAUUACCGGCUUAUUUAUACUGUAUAAAUCGAUAAAACGAGAUAUUUAACCGGUAUCAGAAUAAUAUUAUAAUAUGUACUUAUAAAAAACCCCACAAACUCUGGGCACAACAAAAUUGUACGUUAUACGUUUAUUUAAUAUUAUAUGUAGAUUGUAAGUUUCAAUCGCGCCUAAAAGAAACGAAAAACCAUUUUUCAUCAUUAUAUUUUCUAAGUACAAUUUUAUUUUUAUUUUUUA